CACCUUCCUACUCUAUAUCUCACGUAAAUCGAGUCUUAAAACUUCAUAGCUACCUCCGUGCGUAAAUACGUGCGUAAACGACAUAUCACACAAUCCAUCUUCUACCCGCCCGGGUUACCAGAUCAUCACCCGGCACGAUGCGAUAAUCGCGCUGCAGCAGAGUGAGAUGUGAUCAGCGAGCUGAGUUGCACAUCAUCAAGAUAAACCUGUAUCCCACCAUUAGCGCCUAAGCGGAAUCGCGGACGAGAGCGUCGAUCAUGGUCUUGGCGUCGGGGAAUGGGGAUGCCGAUGGCCAUGUUUAUCUGCCGCGAUGCCCGAGAUGCAGGUGAGAAACCCGCAGAGAUGGGAUGAUUAAGCUUGUAUGAGAGAGAGAUUGAGUUGAGUCUCUGUGUUUAUUUGGGGGGUUUUAAGUGCUGUCAAUUGCCGCUGUCAUUUACGGUUAUCCACGCGGGUGGCUUUACCAAGCUUCAACGCCACGAUAACGACCUGCCGCCCAAGGCACUCGACCGGAAAUCAGAGCCCACGGCGUUCUUUCUCCACUUGGCACGCACUGGAUACGAAGUGUGGUGAAAUACGAUAAACGAAGUUAUCAAUAUGCUGUACACGCUUACUUCAGCACGUUUACGUGGGAUGAAACUUUGGAAAUGUUCGGCGUUCCUGCGCAUUGUCCGGAUCUACGAGUAGGGCCGAGUCGGCGAUGUCAGAGCGUUGCAGAUCACUGUGAUCAUCGUCAUGGCGAGGGUUUGACGUGUGGUUAAAUGAAAAGUUAGUUCCGAAGAAGAAGCUGGUAUCGCUAGGUGGCUAUUACGGCCGAAUUGACUUGACGCUUGGAAUCAGUAUGGGAGUGGGGAUUGAGGAGAGGUAUAAAGAUAGCUUCAUCCCAACCUCUAAGUUCUGUUUGGAGUUCAACUGAAUCAGCUCCUACCUCCUGUAUACCAAUCUAAGCGUUUGAAAAUGGGCAAAUUCACCUACGCAGCUCUCGCUGCACUGCUCGUCGCUACUGGGGAUGCUCAAUCCAAGAACCCCGGCCUUGGGAUAAACUCUCACGCCCAAGGAGCCACGGAGGAGGUAACACCGGGAGGGGGUCCAAACGGCUCCGAAGACUGGCUCAACACCGGCCUGACUGGCAACGGCUGGGAACCACCCUACCUCAACCUCAACGACGUGAUCCACAUCUCUCGCCCCGACUUCUACUCCGGCGUCGGCUCGCGAUGCCAACAAUACGACAGCUACUUCCAAAAAGCCGGUGACGGGCAUGGCAUCGACCCCGUAAUCCUGGCCAUCAUCGCCAUGCAAGAGUCCUCCUGCAACGCCGACGCAGGCGGCCCAACACCCGGCCUGAUGCAAGUCUCGUGCGCCAACUACCCGAAUGGAGUCUGCACGGACAGCAUCCAGGAUAACGUUGACGCCGGGGCGAAUUACCUGCGCGGCCAGCUCGAUGAUGCGGGUGGGAAUGCUGUGUCGGCGUUUGGGAAGUAUAAUGGCUGGUUCACAGCGGGGUUGGGGCUGAAUGGGAAUAGGGGGCUCACGACGGAUUAUCCGUGCUCGGCGGAGGGGAAGGCGAAUGGGUGGCCGCAGAAUUUGGAUUAUUUGCAGCAGGUGCUGAAUGGGUGGUUGUUGGGGCUGGAUGUGUAUGGGGAUGAUAACUGGAUUGGCACGUAUAACUGUGAUCAGUCGUGUUCGAAUGGGUGUUAGAGG